AUGCGCCUAUUCUCAAGCUUGGCUCUCGUAAGCUGCUUGCUCGGCACUCGUCUUAUUUUGUAUGUGUACCAGCUCCUUGCGUCCCCGCUCUGGUCCAUUCCAGGACCAUGGCCAGCCCGCUUCACCAAGCUAUGGUACUUUUGGAAGCUUCGAGGCGGCCAUUUCGAAGCCGUCAAUAAAGAUCUUCAUGACAAGUACGGCCCAAUUGUGCGAUACGCUCCAAAUCGCUAUAGCUUCAAUGAUACUCAUGCCUCCAAGGCAAUUUACGGGCUUGGCAAUCAUUUCACCAAGUCUGAUUGGUAUGAUGCAUCAAGCAAUCCUGGCGCCUGGAGCCUGUUUGCAGACCGCGAUGUUUCGCGUCACGCCAGAAAUCGAAGACUGUACCAGAAUAUCUAUAGCAUGAGCUCAGUCGUGGCCUAUGAGGGCUUCGUCUUUGAGUGUGCUGAGCUUUUCUGCGAGCGACUCACCGAGUUAGCCCAGUGGGGAUUGCCCUUCAAUAUGGGCUAUUGGUUACAAUGUUACGCGUUCGAUGUCAUAGGUUGUAUCACGUACUCGAAGCGACUUGGCUUUCUCGAUAAAGGAGAGGACGUCGGCCAGGUCAUCUCAGCUCUUGAGGAUAAUCUGGUCUAUGCGGCACUGAUAGGCGUUUACUCUUGGCUUCACCCGUAUCUUUUCGCCGCGUGGAACUUCUUCGCCGGAGGGACUGGCGCUGGCCGAGAAUAUGUCAUGAACUUCACGAGGGGGUGUAUGACAGAUUUCCAAGCCUCACCUAAGGCAAUGGCGUUCAAUCGAGAGGACAUCGGCCCAAGGACAGCGAGCUCUAUCCUUUCGAAGUUCUUCGCCAAACACAGGGACAACCCGGAUACCUUCACAUCUUACCAUAUCUUAGUCGGCUGCACCAGCAACAUGGUGGCUGGUUCUGACACUACUGCCAUUUCUCUGUCCGCAAUCAUAUACUACCUGCUAAACAAUCCUACGGUCCUUCGGAAGCUCCGCGAUGAGAUUGACGCAGUCUAUGAUGCGGAUCAGAUUGAUAAGAAUCAACACAUCGGCUUCAAAAGAACACAAGAGAUGAAGUACCUGCAAGCUACCAUCAAGGAGGCUUUGCGAAUGCACCCAGCCACAGGAUUGCCUCUGGAAAGGGUUGUGCCCGAAGGCGGAGCUACCAUAUGCAAUCAUUUUUUCCCCGAGGGCUCGGUCGUUGGUAUCAACACUUGGAUCGAGAAUCGGAAUCCAAGUAUAUACGGCACGGACGUGGACAAAUUCCGGCCUGAGAGGUGGUUGACCGAAGACACAGCGAAACUAUCAAUGAUGAAUGAACAUUGGAUGCCAUUUGGUGCUGGUUCUCGCACAUGCAUUGGCAGACACAUCUCGCAUCUAGAGAUGUCGACAUUGAUCCCGACUAUACUUCGCCAGUUUGAGUUUCAACUCUCGGGGGAGCUCGCAAAGUCUGGGGCAGAGUGGAAAACUACGAACAACUUUUUCGUGAAGCCGAGAAACUUCAUCCUGCAGGUCAAGACCCGCGAGUUGUGA